GAUACGCUCAAUCCGGCGCGCGUCGGGCUAGCGUUCCAGGCGCUCCUUAGUGUGGCUGCGAUUGCCAGCAAUAAGGCGGCCGCUGCGGCGGCGUCGGCUGCUGCUGCCGCUGCGAAUGCCGGCUCAAAGGGCGCUUCGAACAAGCACGGCGGUGGUUGCAGCAGUAAUGUUGGGGGCAAUUCAAAUGAGUCCCCUGCAGAUCCUGUCACCCUGAAGCUUCAACCGCCGUUUCCUGGCGUUGCGCAGUUAAGUGGCUCGAUGUGUUUGGUUUGGCAUCGCAGAGCGGCAAGGGAGGCGGUGGUGAUAGUGCGCACCAUCGCGGUGGUGCCAUGUCAAUUGACGGCAGCGUUGGCGAUGGUGGCGGUGGCGGUGGCGGCGGCGGUAGCGGUAGCGGUAGCAGUGGCGGUGGUGGUGGUGGUGGUGGUGGUGGUAGUGGUGGCAGCGAUAGAGCUCUGGGUAACUCCUUCUCGGCCACCAUUGGCGCCUCCUCUGACACCUCUGCAUCUGCCACUGCGCCUGCACCUGCCUCCGGACCUGGUGCUUUCUUCAAUCGAGCGGCGGGCGCUAGUCAACCGCCAUUUAUUGUGCCCGACAAUCUGCCCGACAACAUCCGCAAGGCGCUAAGCACGGCGAUCGGCGUGGUGGCGCGCUACUUCAAUGUCUUGUACCCAGUGUUUGGCCACUACGUGUUGGCCGACGAGCGACUAUGGCGGCUCACGCGCACGGUUCCACCCAUGUCGUCGGUUGUGCUGACAGGAUCGACUUUUAGUUUUGAAAACACCGCACUUUUGGUAUCUUCAGCCACCAGCAGCCGGGAGCACCAAGCUGCGGGCGCGAACGGCAUCAGUACAUCUGCUGGCGGGCCGAUUGCCAUGACCGGGGCCAGCGCUGCGGCUGUGCAGACCUCCCGCGCUCUGACCAUGGCCGAGGAUCCAGGCACCAGCGGCAGCGUUGGAGAAACAGGUGCCGGUAUGGGCGACACCAAUUCCGCGGAGCCGACGGCAGCAGAGUUGGCAGCGAUGCUGCCGCCAGUAUCCUUCGACAGGCAGCUGCGCGUUAUCCUGUUGAGCGCCAGGUGUACUUGGACCUGAUGUCCGUGUAUACCAGGAACGUCCCUCGGUCGCAGAUGUUCUGGGAACAGGCUGACUUGUCCAAGUUGAUUGAUAUAAUGGUCCAAAACAUUUUGCAUGCUGACCAGACGCUGGCUGCUGAUCUCGCGCGUGCUCUUGGAUCUUCUGUGUCCGCCGUCUGUGCGCCGACUGUUUGACACGCGCACGGCCGCCAAGCUGUUUGCCACCAGCUUUGACCGCCUUUUGGCUAUUUCUCAGGCUGUCACUAGGGCGACACAGAUUCUCCGGGCUACAGACGAGAGGUUUAGCGAGAUUCUCGUUGGCGGCGUAUUUUCCCGUGACAGUCGCUCCAGCGUGUCGUUUGCUCAGCCCGGCGACCCGCUCUCAGAUGCACCUGGCGUCUGGCCAUUUGGCAUGACGCAGGUUG